AUGGAGGCGGCUUCCGCAAGGGCCGCUGCCCGCGAUCGCUGGGGCGAGUUCGGUCGCGCCCCCUCGCAGCUCCAGCGCUUCAUCCAAGCUGCGUGCAGUCCCGAGAACUACGAGCCCAACCUCGCGUUAAACCUCGAGAUCUCGGACCUGAUCAACAGCAAGAAGGGCACUGCGCCGCGCGAGGCGGCGACCGCCAUUGUCAACUACAUCAACCACCGCAACCCCAAUGUCGCCCUGCUCGCCGUCAACCUGCUCGACAUCUGCGUCAAGAACUGCGGGUAUCCCUUCCACCUGCAGAUCAGCACCAAGGAAUUCCUCAACGAGCUGGUGCGACGGUUCCCGGAACGACCGCCUAUGCGGCCCACGAGGGUGCAGGCCAAGAUUCUGGAGGCGAUUGAGGAGUGGCGGUUGACGUUGUGCGAGACAAGUCGCUACAAGGAUGACUUGGGCUUCAUCCGCGACAUGCACAGGUUGCUGAGCUACAAGGGCUACGUCUUCCCCGAGGUGCGAAGAGAAGAUGCAGCCGUGCUCAACCCAAGCGAUAACCUCAAGUCCCCCGAAGAGAUGGAGGAAGAGGAGAAGGAAGCCCAGUCUGCCAAGCUCCAGGAGCUCAUUCGCCGUGGCACACCGCAUGACUUGCAGGAGGCGAAUCGACUGAUGAAGGUCAUGGCUGGCUUCGACACCCGAUCCAAGACCGACUACCGCGCCAAGGCCGCCGAGGAGAUUGGCAAGAUCCAGGCCAAGGCCCGCCUGCUGGAGGAACGCCUCGAGGCCUUCAAGCCAGGCGACAAGAUGCAGGACGGCGAUGUCUUCAGUGAGCUGGCCGCCGCACUGCAGAGCGCGCAGCCCAAGAUCCAGAAGAUGUGCGAGGAGGAGUCGGACGACCACGAGGCGGUGGCCAAGCUCUUUGAGAUCAACGACAGCAUACACCGCACCAUCGAACGAUACAGCCUCAUGAAGAAUGGCGACAUGGAGGGCGCCGCCAAGGUCGCGGCCGGCGGCCCCGCGCCCUCUCAGACAACGACCAUCGGCAAUGCUCCUGGUGAGUUGUCUCUCAUCGACUUUGACAACGAGCCAUCCGCGAACGGGAGCGGCAGCCAAAACGCACCAGCGGCGCAACAAGGCACAUCACAGACUGGCGGUAUCGAAAAUGAUCUUCUAGGCCUCGAUAUUGGGGGUGACUCGGGUAGCUUUGGCCAAGGCGGUGGCAUCUCCUUGGGAUUCGGCCAGAAUGACAAUAUCCCUGGACCAGCGUUGCUGUCGUCCCUGACAGAGAACAACACAUCACAGCAGCAGUCGGCGCCUACCCCUCCGCAAAACCAGUUCGCCGCCUUUGCUUCGCCGUCAGGGUCUCAGUCCAUGACACCCCAACCGCCCUCGCAGCAGCAGUUCGUCCCUCCCGCACAGCCCGCAAGCGACCCGUUCGCCUCCCUGGGCGCUGCGGUGCCGGCCGCGCAACCCCCCAAACCGACGGCUCCCCCCGUCGAGGACGACGAGUGGAACUUUGCGUCGGCCCUGCCGGCGGAGACGCCCUCCAAGCCAAAGGAGCACCGCCAGAUCCUCAGCGACACGACCGUCCGCAUUGAGAUGCAAGCUGGACGUGGACCUGCCGGGCGCAACGCUCUCAACGUCAACUUUGCCUUCUCCAACAAUGCCGCCGCGCCUGUCAGCGAGUUGCACUUCCAGCUGGCCGUGACAAAGGGCUACGAGCUGCAGCUCAACCCACAGACGGGCCGUGACCUGGCUCCGAAGCAGAGCCGCGGCGUCACACAAAUGGUCAAUGUCUACCAAGCAGGCAACAAGGCCGCCAAGGUGGACGGUGUCAAAAUGCGAUGGCGGGCCACGUACAAGGUCGGUGGCGAGGCGAAGAAUGAGAUGGGCGAGGUGUCCGAGUUCAGCAUUGCCUGA